AUGUUGACAACUUCUCUUCAGGAAUUUUAUAUUUUUGAUACUGCUUUGAUAUGUUUGACCCUUCAAAGUGUCGUUGCUGUCCUUAAUACCACGUCUGUCAUUCUAGAUAUUCUGAUCAAAAAUAAGACUGGGUUUCUUCAACGUCUUCUGGAUGGCUUCACCCUACCUCUAUCGGGUGCAUUCACUGCUCGAUUCAUUCUACAUCUGCGUGCAUGGCAAGACAAACAUGCUGGCGUAUACAUCAUAUCCACGGUGGAACCCCGACAACAAGUUCGGGUGCUACAUGAUGGCAUUCCUUUGUCUAGCAGCGAUGCUAUGAAUGUCGAUAUAGAGGCUAUCUUCAGACCCACUCCAUCGAUGGACGAGUUCGGAGAAGACCCCGUAAACCGAGUGCUUCGCCUAUCAUCGCGAUCAGAAAGCGGGACCAUCGUCGUUGAGGUUGAUUGUCAGGUUCACGCUGGUGAAGAUGAUCAUGUGCCCCUUCCGCCCGAUGUAACGGGCUGA